CUUUGGGGGCUGCGCGGCUACGAUUGGCCGGCGGCCGGGAGGAGGGACCUGAGCGCGCAGCUUCAGCCCACUGCGAUUGGCCUCGGCCCGGGGCCCGCGGCAGGCGUGCGGGCGAGGCUCGGGGCGCGAGGACCGAGCGGGGUGGCCGGUCCGCGAGCCGGGGGGAGGGGCCGGGGUGGUGGUGGUGGCAGCGGCGGAGGAGGCGGUGGCGGCGGGGGCCGGUACUGGACCCGGCGGGAUGAGCGAGGCGGAGGCGGCAGUGGUGGCGACAGCGGCCCCCGCGGCGACGGUGCCCGCGACGGCGGCAGGGGUGGUAGCGGUGGUGGUACCGGUGCCCGCGGGAGAGCCGCAGAAAGCAGGCGGCGGGGCGGGCGGCGGGGGCGGAGCCGCCUCUGGCCCCGCUGCUGGGACCCCCUCAGCGCCCGGCCCUCGCACCCCUGGCAACCAGGCGACGGCGGCCUCGGGGACUCCCGCGCCCCCGGCCCGGAGUCAGGCGGACAAGCCGGUGCUGGCAAUCCAAGUCCUGGGCACUGUCAAAUGGUUCAACGUCCGGAAUGGUUACGGAUUCAUCAACAGGAAUGACACCAAGGAGGAUGUCUUUGUUCACCAGACAGCUAUUAAAAGAAACAACCCCAGGAAGUUUCUGCGAAGUGUUGGAGAUGGGGAGACUGUGGAGUUUGAUGUCGUGGAAGGAGAGAAGGGUGCAGAAGCUGCUAAUGUAACUGGGCCUGGGGGGGUGCCAGUGAAGGGCAGCCGCUAUGCCCCCAAUCGACGUAGGUUCCGUAGAUUCAUUCCUCGGCCUCGCCCGGCUGCCCCACCACCCAUGGUGGCAGAGGCUCCCUCAGGUGGGACAGAACCUGGCAGCGAAGGGGAACGGGCAGAGGACUCGGGGCAGCGACCUAGACGACGGCGCCCACCUCCCUUCUUCUAUCGAAGGCGGUUUGUGCGAGGCCCUCGGCCCCCCAACCAGCAACAGCCCAUAGAGGGCUCCGAUGGGGUAGAACCCAAGGAGACAACCCCAUUGGAGGGUGACCAACAGCAGGGAGAUGAACGGGUACCCCCACCCAGAUUCCGGCCCAGGUACCGAAGGCCUUUCCGCCCCAGGCCACCCCAACAGCCUACCACAGAAGGUGGGGAUGGAGAGACCAAGCCCAGCCAAGGCCCCACUGAUGGCUCCCGGCCUGAGCCCCAGCGUCCACGAAACCGUCCCUACUUCCAGAGGCGUCGGCAGCAGCCCCCUGGCCCCCGGCAGCCUAUAGCUGCGGAGACCUCAGCACCUAUCAACAGUGGGGACCCCCCCACCACCAUACUGGAGUGAUUCCAACUCAGAGGACACCCAGAGCUACCAUCUGGUAUCUGCCAGUUUCCAACUGACUCUACCCAGCAUCCCCCUCCCCCCUUUCCCAUAAUUCAUGACAUCAAAACAUCAGCUUUUCCCUUGAGACUCAGGAGGGCCAAAGCAACAGCCUUUGGCUUUUUUCUCUUUUUUUCCCCUCUCCCCUAGCAUGGGUUGAAGGAAGGGAUCCAUCCUUAUUGUUCAGAGGCAUCACCUCCCUCCCCUAAGUCAGGCUGAGAAGGAACCAGCCAGCUCAUACCUCCUCCUGAUUGUUUUUCUUCCCCACCCAUUUAUUUUUUGUUUCCCUUCGACCUCCCCCCAUCACCUCUGAAGCCAUUUUAUGAACUGUCAUGUGCCACCUGAGCCUCCAGUAAAAACAAAAGCAGGCUUUCUUGU